CUUCAAAAGACAACCUGGCCCUUCAGUACUGAGCGAACACAGCUUUGUGAUAUGUUUCUGACAACGAAUCCUUACGUAUAUUACGAACCAUCAUUUCUCAGUGACAAAACUUGUCAUGGGCGCUACAGUCUCUCAGCUAUGGGCUCCAGAGCCAAUUGCAAUUGGGUUCAUUGGUCUUCGCUCAGCGGGCAAAACGACGAUUGUGCACAAACUAAGCGGGAACCAAGAGCCAGCGAUGCCAUCUGUCGAAACUGUCGAGAUCACUCCUGUGUUCCAGGGAAACCAACAGUUCAAACUCUUCGACUACGCUGGAAACCCUCACUGGAGGCCAUGUUGGAGAAGUUUCAUGUCCAGGCUCCGAGGCGUCGUGUUUGUUAUUGACAGCACAGACAGGGAGGCUCUACAGGAAGUAAAAGUGGAAUUGGUCGGAUUGUUCAAGGAAGAAAUGCUUGGACAGCAGCCAUUUUUGGUGCUUGCUAAUAAGCAGGAUGAUCCAAAAGCCAUGAGCGCCGCGGAAUUGGCUGAAUAUCUCGAUAUACAACAAUAUCUUGACAAAUCAUCGAAAUGCCGCGUUCAGCCCACGAGUGCCUUGACCGGGGAAGGGUUGGCUGCGGGUCUGGAUUGGGUGCGAAACGCAUUAAGAGAGCAUCGCGAAUGAUGUAUCUCACUAAAAUACUGUUGAUGUAAGGAUAUUUAGGAGGUGCCUUUUAUUUCAUCAUUCAGAGAAUCACGAUGUCGUGAUAACCCA